AUGCCGUCUCAACAGUCCUGGUUUAGCCAGGGUUCUAUUCGCAAGGCUCUCAAACCUGGCAAAAGUAUCGCCCUCACUAAACCUGAACCAACUGAAUGGAAGAUCCUCGAAGCUAUUGAUGAACACAACUUUCAAUUCUCCGAAGAAAUUGUUCAAAGAGACUCAUGUGUCUCGUACGCCUCCAUCAAGCUCUCUUGUAUUGAAGCCAGCAAUCCCUCCAAGCGGGCCAUCAUGCGCGUAUAUAUGCAAGUUCCGUAUGACAAUACGGAACUAGAAGACCUUCCAACUCGCGCCCAGCAGGCCACAACAUUCAGGCCGAAGGAACUUACCGCGCUCCUAACACUUCGCACUUCUGCGUACGCACCUUCCCUCCUCGGUUACGACGAAUGCCGUCAGGGUACAACAGGGUUAGUUCCUGGCGGGUUUCUUACCUUUCUUGUGUGGGAGAUUGUUCCGGGACUAUGUCUGGGUGACCAGUAUCGAGAAGGUACUAUCUUCUGGCAUAGACUGAAUCGAGAGGAACGAGAUAUGGUUCGUGAGGCUUUUCAGAAAACCCUUGUUGAAAUCACCAAGAUGGACCCUUUUCUUGUGGGGUUCCGAGACUGGGGCAAAGUCCCACCACAAGCCUUCAAAACGACCUGGCUGCCCCUUGUCGGUCUGGUCAAAACGCCUGCAAGUUCUAGAUGGUCGGACCACGACUGGAAUGGUGAUACUUCACGCUGGGAGCUUUAA